AUUACGGGCAACAGUACACCAGCGUUGGGCGACACGAAACGACGCCCGAUAUUCUUAUAAAAACGACGUCGCGUAAAUCUUUUGUUUUGAUUUCUGUAGCGAUGCAUCCGUUAUGUUUGUUUAAUGAAAAGGUGUGAAAAAAGUGCGGAAUAUUUUAUGUAAAGUGAUCUUAUCAGUGUGGGAUGGUCUAAUUUUAAACGUAGAACCGUCGAUUCUAGAUAUUCCCGGCUCUUAAUUAUUUUCCUACCAAAAAAAAAAAUGCCCUAACCCAAAUUGUGUGAUACCUACGCUUGUUCUACGUGUUUGUACUGUUUUAAAACAAAAAUAAAAAGGAAAAAUAUUUUUUUUUUUUGGAAAAUUCUCGUAGACCAGCGAUGACAGUGACAGAUCGGCUGAAAAGGUGACUUGUGUCGUGUGAAACCGGCCUCGGACGGAACGUAGAUGUUAGUUCGCAGUUGUUGUACGAUAACAGUCGUGAGAUCGGUAUCGAAUGAGAAUGUUGCACCAAAUGGACGCGUAUAGCGAAAAAUUAUCGGCUGGUGGUGGCGCUAGUGUCGUCGUAGGCCCUAUCAGCCCUAAUCAUUCUUCUAUAUUGGAUUCCAACGUAAAUAGGAUGCAUCCCUAUUUGAAACAAGUCGCCAACGGUGCUGUCACUAAAAGUUCCCUGGUCAUGAACAACAACAACAACAACAAUUUAACGAACCAAGCCAAUAACAACAACAACAACAUCAGUAGUCACAAUAAUAAUUUGUUGAAUGCAACAAACGCGAAUGUGGUGGCGUCGCAAGCCCAAUCGAAAAUCGUCGGGGCCGAACAACAGGAACAACCGGACAGCGACACUAUAAAAAUGUUUGUGGGACAAGUGCCUCGUUCUAUGGAUGAAACUGAACUCCGGAAAAUGUUCGAAGAAUACGGCAGAGUACAUUCUAUAAACGUAUUGAGGGAUAAAGCCACCGGAGCCAGUAAAGGUUGUUGUUUCGUGACAUUUUUCACAAGGAAAGCCGCCCUUCAGGCACAAGACGCUCUGCAUAAUGUGAAGACUUUGAACGGGAUGCAUCAUCCAAUUCAGAUGAAACCGGCCGACAGCGAGAACAGAAACGAACGAAAAUUAUUCGUCGGUAUGUUGAGUAAGAAACUGUGCGAAAACGACGUGCGCGCCAUCUUCAACGGAUACGGCACCAUCGAAGAAUGCACCGUUUUGAGAGAUCCGGCCGGCAAUUCUCGCGGUUGCGCCUUCGUCACUUUCGCUUCGAAACAGUCCGCCUUAAGUGCCAUAAAAGGUCUUCACCAAUCCCAAACGAUGGAAGGUUGUUCGGCGCCGUUGGUGGUGAAAUUCGCCGAUACGCAAAAAGAAAAGGAAAUGAAAAGGCAACAACAGUUGCAAGCUAACGUUUGGAACGCUCUCGCUGCUCCGACUCUAGCUUCGCCGCCGCAGCAAUUUUCUCCGGUCCUACCGACGGAAACGGCGUCGUUGCAACUACUUCAAGCUAUGGGCGGCGCCGGUUUAUUACAACAACAAUUCCUCAAUAGUACGGAUAAUCUAUUAGCUCCGAUAGGGAUGCAAAAUCUGGUGACUCUGGCGGCUAUGUCGCAACCGGCUACCGCGGCUACCGCCCCUCUGUGUAUGGCCAGUUUGUUGGGUAAGGGCGCGGGGGUCGAAAGGACGCUUAACGCGAGUUUACAUCCAGCGGCGAUCUCGACGCCCGAUUUAUCGUCGUACGGAUCGUUGAUUAGUAACGCUACGAUUAAUGCGGCUGCGCUGGCGGCGGCGGGAAAACAAAUCGAAGGUCCGGACGGUUGCAAUCUAUUCAUCUAUCAUUUACCCCAAGAAUUUACCGAUACUGACCUGGCGUCGACGUUUCUUCCUUUCGGUCCCGUCAUAUCUGCCAAGGUGUUUAUAGAUAAACAGACGAAUCUGUCGAAAUGUUUCGGUUUCGUGUCAUUCGAUAACGGACAUUCGGCCCAACAAGCCAUAUCGGCGAUGAACGGAUUCCAAAUAGGCACCAAAAGGCUAAAAGUACAAUUGAAAAGAGCCAAGGAUGCCUCGAAACCUUACUAGCCAAAGAAGAGGAAAGGAAACCUAGUCAGACAACGCCCGGGAAUUAUUUCAAACAUUUCGUCAUAUGAAAAGGUAUUAAGGGGGGCUUUGUCCGACUAGUCUACUAUCCAGCACAGUGCCAGUGCAGUGCGUCUCAGGAUCUAGCUGCUAUUUUUAUGAACUGUGAGAUAUUUUUAAUAGUUAACUGCGGUCGAAACGCCGCUUUAUAAAUUCAAAAUUAUGUAUAUGACGAGGAUGUUCGACUUUAUUUGGAUUAAACGGAGAUUUUGAUCGAAAAAAUGAAAAAAUUGAAAAAAAUAAAAAAAAAACAAAAUGCUAGCGGUUUGGUAAAGUGAAUGGCCAGUAAAAUUUACGUCAGCUAGAAACGCCAAAAAAAAAAACAUACGACUGAAAAAAAAAUUGUGGGCCGAAACAAAAUACGAAACUAUAUAAUUUUAUUUUUAAAGUUUAUUAAUCGAAUUUGCUAAAAUUUUUAAAAUUAAUCUACAUUUUUUAUCAUAUUUUUUAAUAAUUAUUGUUAUAAUUGCAGUGGGAAAAACAGGGGAGGGGGGCGUUGAUCUAUUUGAAAUAUAUUUUUGCUUUUUUCUCCAUUCGAAUUCAUAUUUUUCCCCCAAUUUCAAAAAUAGAAUGUUUUUCAUCAUUUCCCGAAUUUUGAAUAAUAGAAAUAGGGGGGGGGGGCUUCAAUGUGGCAGAAAACUUCGCCUUUUUACAUUCCUCUCUAAUCGAAUUCGUAUUUAUUCCCCUAAUUUCAAAUAUGGAAUACUUGGUUCAUUUUUUUUUUUUUUUUCAUUUUUUUCUAAUUUUUAGACCUAAAUUAAUUGCAAUAAAAAAUCGUAUUUUUGUAAUUUGGAAAAAAGCAUCAAUGUGACAAGAAACUUUGCCUUUUCUGUAUUUUUUUUCCCAAUUUUUCAUCGAGUUUUACUUUUUUUUCGUUAAUUGCAAUUAAAAUUCGUUUUUAUAAUUUCAAUAACAAAAAUAGGGGGCCACUUAAAUUAUUAAAAGACUUUUCCGAAUUUUCAUAAUUCAAAUAAUAAAAAGCAAAGGGCAUUAAAAUGAAAUCAAUUCCAAUAAUGAUACCCUCAGGGGGGUUACUCCCUUCCAAAUAUUUUUCUCUCUAUAUUUGUUUUAUUUUUUGAAAUAGUAAGAAUUUUUUCAUAAUUUCAGUGAGAAAAACGCGAGGGGGCGUACAUUCUUUUCUAUUUUUUUGCCCAACUUUACCCUGUUGAUUGAUUGAAAUGAAAAUCACAUUUUUAUAAUUCAAAUAAUAAAAAUCAGGGGGCGCUAAUGUGUUUAAUUCAAUUUUUCUUCUUUUAUAUGACUUUUUUCACAAUUAAUUAAUUGACAUAAAAUUUUUUUUUCUUAUAAUUUUAAUAAUAAAAACCCAAGGGGAGUUUUACUAUUUCAAAUAAUUGAUUCGCGUUUUCGUUUUUCUCUUUUUCACGUCCAAUUUUUAAAUUGUUAAUAAAUUGCAAUAAAACGAAUAUUAAUUAAAUUUAUUUCGGAUAAUUAUUAUCAAAAAUGAUAAAAAAAUGAAUAUAAAACGGAAUUUUUGAAAAAAAUACUUUAAAAAUAAAUGAAACACUGGUGGUUCCAUUAAAAAUAUAUAAAUUUGUAUUGUUGCUUUGGAACACCCUGUACGUACCUGAUGAUUCGCCCUGUUGUUGUUUAUCGUUUGUUUAUAUGUGAAAAUUUCAAACUGUACAGUUUGUCGUCCAUUUAUAUGAAAAUACAAAUUUUAUUAUAUUCACAAAAAAUGGGGCUUUUAAAUUUAGAAAAAAAAAUUUUUCGCUUCUCCCAGUUUUUUUUUCGUUUAAAAAAAUUGUGAUCAAUAAAACGUAAAUAAUUUUUCAAAAAUAAAUCAUUUUUUAUAGUUUUAUGAAAUUUUAGUUGCUUUUAAAUAUGAUAAUUUGUUGUAAAGGGGGUCAAAACAUAUAUAAAAAAAAUUUAAAUAAUUCUUAAAAAUAUAAUCGUAAACGACGUAAUUCUAAUAAAUAAAUGGAAAAUAAUUUAAUUCCCAGAAUCAUUAUUAGGUUAAAAUCAAUCAUUUAGAAUAAAAUAUUUUUUUUGCAAUUUUUGGAGACCAUCAUGGCUCUGGUUUUUUGUUAAAAUAAACUCUAUACAAAGGGACAAAAUUUAUUUGAUCCAUUUGUAUAUGAAUUUUUUUUGAUAAAUUUCAAUUGUCACAAUCUAUCCAAAUAAUUUCGUUAAAAUUAAAAAAAAUCUAUUUAUUUCUUUACGAUUAACCACGGAUAUUUUUCAACGUUCCCCACCUAUUUUAUAUCAAUUCUUUUUAUUUUCGAAUGUAUUGAAAAAAAUUUCACCUUAAAUUUUUUCUAAAUUAAUAAAUUAAAUAGAAAAAAUUAUUAAUAAAUUAAAAAAAUUGAUUUUAUUGAAUUUUAUUAGGGAAACUGUUGAUUUUGGAAAAAAAUUACGACAUCCAAAAAUAUUUUAAAUAAUAUUAAAAAAAAGACGAAAAAUAAAAUUUCGAGUUUCCAUUUUCUAUAUUUUCUCGUUUAAACACCCUGUAUAUAUUCAAAAGUAUUGGUAUUUUUAUUUUCGAAAUUUUUCUUGUAAAUUCUGCAUAUUUAAAAAAAAAUAAUCUCAAAGUUUCUUUUUGAAACUGAUAAAUUGAGUAGGAAAAAAUAUCGAUAAAUAAAAAAAUUGAUUUUAUUGAAUUUUUUUAUUAAAAGCUUUGAUUUUAAAGAAAAAUUACCUCAUCCAAAAAUAUUGUAAAUGUUUAGAGAAUGUUAAAAAAAAACGAAAAAAAAAUGUUCGUCGUCAUUUUCUAUGUUUUCUCGUAUAAACACCCUGUAUAUAUUAAAAAGUUGAUGGUAUUUUUUGUUAUUUUUACCGUUUAAAAAAUUAGCUUACCGCUAACAUUAUUUCACAGAACUCCGUUUAAUCUAAACCGAUUUUUUCUUUUAUUUUCUUGUUUUUUUUUCCUUUUAAUGGGGUUUAUUUAUGUCGUGUUGGUUCGACGAAGUUUUUCUUUUAUUUUUAUGUUGUUCGUGGCUUCUAGCGCGUAAAGCACAUCCUAUGUUGUUUAUUUACAUAUAUAAAAAAAUUUUGAAAAAAAUCUAGGCCAUAUAUAUGUGAAAAUAACGUUGAGUGAUUAAUUUCGUUUUUGUUUUGGAGUCUACCUAGUUUGUUGGUAGUGACUAUUUUUCCAGCCGGCUUAUUUUCACGUUAGUCGGACGAAUAGUUAUUGUUUUUAUUAUUAUUAUUAUUAAUAUCCGUUUCUUUUUCUUUUUAAUUUAUAUGAACAAGUGAAACAUCUGGAGCAUGAACUUUUUUGAAUUGUACCUUUAUUUUUUAUUGUUAAUGAUUAAACCAAAGUACAGACCAAAAAAAAA